AUGCUACAGUCGGGAUUCGAACUCGCGUCAAGGAGGAUGUUGGAACACGCGUCCUCUGGCGCCAUCACCUUCGCUUUGGUCUACUUAACAUUUUUCCUAGAUAAUGUUUUACUCACCGUCCUUGUUCCCAUUAUUCCGGACUGGGUGAGAGGUGAGUCUUUGGAGCUGUGGUCGCAGCAUGAGACGCCCUUGGUGAAGUUGUUGAACAAUACCGUCAGACACGUUACUGAUCAGGGUAAACUGGUGGGAACGUCUCAGGCUAUCGUGGGUGCUGUGCUGGGAUCCAAGGCAGCGGCACAGUUGGCCACGGCGCCCGCGGCCGCCGCCCUCGUCAUGACCAGAGGACCCACCACCUGCCUCAGACUCGCUACGGCCAUACUCACGAUAGCCGCUCUCACGUUCGGUGUUUGUGCUGGAGAUGCUGGAGGGGGCGCGGUGUGUGCUGGGUUAGGUCGCGCCACACAGGGAGCGGGCGCGGCGCUGGCCGGUGUCGGAGGCCUAACGCUCGUGGCGCGCUCUCUGUCUGACGCGCACGGAGCACUCGCAGCUUUAUUAGGAGCCGUUGCUCUUGGUGUUCUGGUCGGAUAUCCAUUCGGAGGCGCCGCCUACAAGCUCUGGAGUCCGGGCGCACCGUUUCAACUGAUCGCGUUUGUGCUUCUCAUUAAUCUCGCACUUCAGUUCCUCUAUCUCAACAAAGACGAAUACACAAUGAUUCCGUGUGUGUGUCCUGCCCCCUGUGUUUGUCCAACUCCUCGAGACGCGUCCUCGAGCGGCAUCACGUGUAUGUAUGUCGAGGCCCGCUCGGGGUCCACCGGCUGGUGCGCGGGUGCGGUGUUACUCACGACCAGCGUCAUGGCGGCCUUGGAGCCCUGCCUGCCGCUCUGGAUCAUGGAUAGAUUCCAUCCGCAGCGUUGGGCGCUAGGAGCCGUGUUCAUCCCGGACAGCGCCGGUUACUUGUUGGCGAGUGUGUCGGGCGCGUGGUGGGUCGCUGUUGGGGCGGAGCGCGUGGCCGUCUCGGCAGUCGCGUGUGUGGGUCUCGCUGCCCUCGCGUUGCCGCACGCUCCAUCGGUGAGUUGGUUGUCGCUUCCUCAGCUGUUGUCUGGUCUGGGUCUGGGCGCUGCGGACGCGGCCUUAGUCCCAGCGCUCCUGGCUAGGGCUCCGCCCGCAGUCCUAGCUGCCAGGGCGGCGCUGCUACAAGCCGCUUCCAGCGCCGCGUAUGCCAUCGGUCCAGUUGUGGGCGGAUUGUUUUCUUGGGCGGCGGGAUUUGAGAGCGCCAUGAUGGUAUUGGGAGCCGCCAACGCAGUAUACGCUGUGUUCCUGUAUCGGAUGCUGCGCAAAUAUCCGAUAUCAGCUCAGUGGGGUGCUUGCGAAUCUCCUGAAGAGACUGAUUUGGAAGGUGAAGAAAUGACCCCACUGAAGACACAGAAACCGCCGCGGUGAACCUUCUGUUUAAUAUAAAAACACCAUCAAAUGUUUCAAUGUUGUGCUCAUAGCGUUAUUCAACAAACUUCAUGA